GUUUACUGCAAAGCAAGAUGAUGCUAUUAUGAUGUCAUGAUGAGGUAGCUACGUAUUGUACAUGUAGCUCAGAGCCUCAGACAGCUCCGUCAGACAGAGCAUGAGCUUGUAAUUGUGUUUCCAAGAAUCGAAUCCAAGUACACUCACUUCCACAUACCGAUUACCAGUAUUGGCAAUGGCAGUAACAAUAACAUGCGUAGAUGUAGAUUGUAGGUCUACAGAAUGAUCAUAGCUUUGUACAGUAGAGUCUACACUGACACUGAUAGUGAUAGUCUGUGCAGCCAGCAGUGCACUUCACUUGUACUUGAGGAACUGAGCUGUCUGAGCCUGAUCUGAGGUUCGUAGAGUUGACAACCGAAUUUUAUUUUAUACAUGAAUGCGAUUCAAGACAAUGGCAUAAAAAUUGAUCUUCUGCUUUUAAAAUGUAUCACUGGUACUGGUAUUAAAAAAUAUGGUAUACUUCAGUCAGUCGUUGGCCAAGCUUGGUAGUCGAUAGAAAUGGCUUCUCUCAAGUGCAAUGGCUGUGACUCAUCGAGCACAGCUCUAAAAUUUGUCUCUUGCCUGCACACGCUGUGCGAAACCUGUCUGCAGAACAGCAUUUCGUUUGACGGAUCAAUCAAAUGUCCGAAAUGUUUGUCCAUCACCGCGCUGCCUGUAGGCGUUGAGCCAUUGCGAUCGCUUCCUAAUGUUGUGCGCCGGGGAGAAUCUGUGGCGGGAGACGAGACGCAGGGGCAGCCCGUGUGUGAAGAGUGUGGAGAUGAUACCAUCGCCACCAGCGGGUGUGAGAACUGCCAGGUGAAAAUGUGCGAUGUUCAUGCUGGUGCUCAUCCAAUAUUCAAAGCCACCAAGGGACAUAUCGUCAAGCCAUUAUCGGUAUCUCAAGUGGAGCAAGCCUCGUCUUCUGCAGGAUCGACCAGCAGAUCUGCUACGAAGCACAGGUGUGUACUGCAUACAAGUGAGUUUAUUAAUGGAUUCUGCGUUCAGUGUAACCAGCUGCUGUGCCCAAAGUGCAAACAGGCACAUUCCCACAAGAGAGACCAUCAAGUCUUGGACAUUGCCCGUGCUGGUCAGAAGACUCGGGAUCUGCUAGCAGAUAAGCUUGGCAGCAGUUCAUCAACAUGUGAUGGGAUCAUAAGCCAAGCAUUGAGCAAUGUUCAAACAAACAUUCAGAAGCUCAAUGACCAAACAGAGCAGGCUUCAGCAAAAGUCAACCAAUUCUUCAAACUGCUCAUCGAGGCAGUUGAGAAGCGCCAAAAUGAUCUCCUUGCAGAGCUGGAUGACAUACGAUCCAAAAAGACGCUGUCAUUGGAGAAACAACAAUGUCGACUUCAGGAGUGUCUAUCUCAAGCGGAGAGCGCAUCGGAUAUUGUGAAGUCAUUCACUAACGAUGUUGAGCUGCUCCGUAUAUGGACAUGGGUCGACGAGUCAUUGAACAAAGUGAUGCGAACCGCUGAAGAAGAUAAAGUGCCAUGUGUGUCCAGUGGACUUGUGUUUGCCAGCACUGACAUCACACAACUACUGAAUGACAUUGGCAAGUCUGGUGCUGUACUGGAUGUAGCUGAUCACGCCGUACUGGAUUGUCCAGACAAAUCCAUGACUCAUGAUGAUGUUAUACUUACUGUUUGCAUGACGUCAUCACCUGAUGCUGUCCCUGCCAGUGCUACCACUACUCCUUCAUACAGUGUCAGUCAGGAUCACCUCGACAACAUCGGAUUGGAGAUUUCCGUAUGCAAUCUUGACGUGGACGACUUUCCAUCUGUUCGUACUCGCUGUGAAUCAUUACCUGGCCGUGUAGAGAUUGGACAUGAUCGAUUGGCAGCUGGUCGCUACAGUGUAUCGGCUAUGAUCGGCAACAGGCACAUUCAAGGCAGUCCACAGCAACUCAUAGUAGCAUCUACUCCCAUUCGGCCACUGUUUGAUAACAGUCGAUGUGGUAGUGGGUUGAAGAUCACCAAUGAUGGUCGCACACUGAGUAAGGGCGGUGGUAGUUGGUCAUCAGCAUGUACCACACCUAUGGUGACCGAUACUGGUAGCAGUACACUGAAGGUGACGAUUGACAAGACUGGAUAUGGUGACAUCUUCCUCUCUGCCUGUUCAUCCAGUAAUCCAAAGCUGGAACAAUACCAACAGGAAAAGUCACAGUGUUUUGGUUGGAAUAGCCGUAGGUAUGAUGCAGGCCACCAUACCGGCACAGCCCUUGAUCGACGCUGGCAAACUGGUGACAUCAUUCUUCUCACCGUUGAUCAUGAUCGUCACACUCUCACUGGUAGACACGAGAGAACGGGCGCCACAGAAACCAUCCCGAACGUCACAGGUAACCUGUACUGGAUUGUUGCACUCGACGACUUAGGUGACCAAGUAUCACUGGAGUGACAAUUGAAAUAUACUUUGGAACAGUUUGCGGAUCAUUGCAAGAAACAUCCAAUCCAUCGCCAUGUGGGAUGGACACAAAAUGUUUUGACAGAAAAUAGCUCCUACUUUUGAUUGCUCAGAUGACGAUUGUUUGCGUCUUUCUCAAGCUAAGCUUUCUUUUCUAAUAUGUUGGUUGCUACUGCGGCUGAUAAUGCCUGCUUGAAUUCUACUAUCUCUUGUUGAUUUGUUGUCAUUGUUUUAGGGACAGUGUUUCCGUUCAAACGAAUCGACGUCCCUUUUUUUCUUGUGGCAGAAGUGUUAACCUUUUUGAUAGUUUGUGUUGUAAGACUUAUAUUGCGUUUAUUUUGGUCAUGAGACAAUUACGUUUUGCAAAUAGAAUCAUGGAGGCAUCACAUUUCCUGUAAUGCAUGCACUGAUCUGUCGUCACGACUGUAAUUGCAUAGUUUCUUCGUAUUUUUGGCGCCUACAUAUUUUCAUGUUUUGCUCAUCAGCUUCUGGUCCAUUCA